AUUUAUUAAUAAAUAGAACUUUACAAAAAUUAAUUUAUCUCAGGCAAAGAUAAAAAGUACAUAUAGCUUAAAUAUUAGUAAUAAUAAUAUAAAUAGAUACAAGCCUAAUCAAAAAAGCUUAAUAAGUAAAUGGCUGAUGAAAAGUACCAGCACUUGCUAAAACAAUUUCAUUAUAUUUUAAAUUAAGUAGAUAAUCCUUAUUUGAUAGCUGAAUUAGAGAUUGCUCUACUUUAUUAGAAAACAAAAAUUUAGAAAUAAGUGGUUGAUUACAAAAUAUAAUAAGAGUAGUAAAAGUCAGGUGAUAAUAUUAAAGUUAGCUAGACAUAAAGUGAAUAAAUAUAUUAAAAAAAAGAGGCUCCAAGUGUCCCUAUAGCUAGUGAGAAAUAAGAGAAGAAAAGCAGUAAUUAUAAUUUGAAGAAGGAAGAAGUUAGUAAAUUGAUUAAUUUGGAUUCGAACGAUGAAACAGCAGACACUCUAAUUAUUUAGUAGGAAAAUAAUAAUAAUGUUCCAUUAAGUGAUAAUAAAUAAAUCAAGGAUACUAUUAAUAAUAUAGAAAUAAAAGAGAAAACCAAUAAUGUAUCUUAAUUAUAAACAUAAUUAGAAUCUUAACAAAAUAUUGCCUUGUAAAACGCUAAUGAAAACACUUAAAUAAAAGAGACAAGCAAAUAAAAUGUUGAGGUUUAAAAAGAGGGAUAACAAGCUAUUACAUAACCAUUAAUAAGUAAUUUACAGGCACAAAGUAAAGUUUAAACUUAAAAUAUUCCAUAAUAAAUUCAAUAGAUUAAAGUAUCACAAAACUAAGAUAUCACUUAAAUUUAUUAACAAUAAAAGCAAUAACCUUCAUCAGAUUAAUAAAAUACUUUUAUUAUAUUAAAUAAUUAAAAUGUUAAUUAAUGCUAAAAUGAAGCUAAAAUAAUUUAAAAUGGUUUUGAUAAUAAUGAUUAAAGAUAAAUUAAAGAGCUUUGGCAAUAAAAAAAUAUCUUGCUAUAAUAAACCUAGAAAUAGUAACCUCAAUAAUAUUUCUAAAAUAAUAUUAGACAUCAUAGCUCGUAGUAAUAGUAAUAGAAUUCUGUCUAUAGAGCACCUGAAUAGCAAGUAAAUUAAAUCUAAAACUUAGGAGAUGCUAAGAUUCAAGAAAUAAAUAAGAAUUAAGUAGCUAAUACUAAUUAGUAAUAAUUUAAUGGGGUAUAAUCUUUAAAUAAAAUAACAAAUACUAUUAAUUUACCUUAAAAAGAUAUUUCAAGAAUUGAUGUAAAUACAAAUGUAACAUCUUUUUCUAAUCAACAAAAUAAUAUUAAUUCCAUCCCAAAAUAAGAUUAAUAUAGGAGAGUAAAUCUUAGUAAUUAAGAUUUAUCAUAGUAAUUAUAACGUAGUACCUCAAACACCAAAGAAUUUUAAUAAAAGUAGGAUACUUAAAUUUUAAACUAAAAUAUCACUAAAACAUAACCAUAAAAUUUUAAUCAAGAGAAUCCUUUGUAAUAAAAGCUGAUUGCAAUGAAUAAAUCUGAUUAUCAAAACAUUUUUAAUUUUGAUUAACAUUUACAGAAUAGAAGUCAAAGCUUAAUCAAAGCUUAAGAAAACCAUGUAAUUGCUAAAAAUUAGAUGCAAAACAAAGCAAUAAAUAAUCUUUAAAAUGUUUAAAAUAAUACAUUUUAGUAAUCUGCUCAAAAUUAAUUUUUAAAUAGUGAUUCUAAAAUCUUACCUCCAUCACAAAUAACUCCACGAAAUUAGUUAGAACAGUAAUAAAUGCAAUAAAAUAUUUAAAUGUAAGGCUUAAUGGCCUAAAAUAAGAUCUAGUAACAAGGUUUGUAAUAGUAAAAUAUACAGUCUUUACCUAGAUAAACUUCAUAACAACUAUCUCUAUAACAAUAGUAAUAAUUAAAUCAAAUGCAAUUAAAUCAAAGAAGUUAAUUUCAAGAAAAGUUAAUUUAAUAAUAAAAAAGUUUAAUGUUACCUCCAUUAUAUUAAUAGAAUAUUUAAUAAAAUUAAUUUAAAUAGCCAAAAUAAUAACUUUCUACACAAUAAUUAAUUCAAUAAGAAAUACAAUAUUAGUAAUAAAGAUUGGCUUAAAAUAACAGAUAAGAAUUUGACAGCAACAAUUCUAAAAAUAAUAUAAGCUAGCAGUCUAUUAAUAAUAUUUAGUAUCAAUAAAACAAAGAGUAAAUUGAUUAAACAUUAUUAGCAGCUCAAAGUUAAUAUGACAUAAAUUACGAAUUGAGCAAAAACUAAAAGAUAUUUGAAGAGCUUAGAGAAAAUCUUUAAUAAGGGAUAUAAAGCCUUUAAAAUAAGGAGAAUAAUUCAUUAGCUGAUGAGAUGAUAAUCGAGACUAUUUAAAAGCUAGAUAAAGAAAUUAAUUUUAAUGAUAAUCCUUAAAACUAAACUGCUUUAAAUGGCUAAAUAAAGCUUAAUCCUGAAAAUAAUAUAGAAAAGUUUUAACAAAAUAUAAAUACAGAAAGAAGAUAGCGAAAUCGGACAAUUGAAGUUCUGAAAGAUGAUGAAAAUAUAUUAAACUAAAAAGAAAUUAGUGAAUAGCAGCAUAGAUAAUAAAACCAAUAGCCUUUAAAUAAUUAAAUAAAAUAAAAUAGCUUAGAAGUUCCAUCAGACAAAUAAAAUAAUUUAAAUCAAAUUAAUAGUCCAAAUGAUUUAAAUUAAAAGAGACAAAGAUCAUCAACUUUGAACAAUUAAUCAAUAGAAUAAGAACCUAGUUUUCUGAAGAAAAAAUGCGACUAAAAUUCCGAAGAAGUAAACGUCUAAGAUUAAUAUGAAAAAAAUAAAAUGAAAAUUGAAAGUUCUUGUAAUAGCGAACUUCAAAGCGACUAUGCUAUUUUCUUAUUUUACAAUAUUGAAUCGAGUGAUAAAAAAGAAGAAGAGCAAUAUAUUUAUACUUAUAUUAUCAUGAAUAAAUAAUAAAACUUUAAAAACAUAGUAAACUAAUGCUAUUUAUUUUCUAAGGAAAUAAAAUAAAACUAUAGUCUAAGUCUUUUCCAUUCUUUCUAGGAAGCAAUAGAUAUGAUCAAAAAGCAAAACAUUCCAGAGGAUAGUGAUAUAGAUGUUUUUCUACCAAAUUAAAUAUGUAAAUUAUACGUUGACGAAAACUUUACUAGAAAAUCUAAAAUAACCAAAGAUAUGAUUAUAGAACUAAGCACAAAAUUAGGCAAAUAUAAAAUUAAUACAUAUUUAAUCUCAAGUUAUUUAUCAUCAUGA